AUGAUCAACUGGAAGUACGACCUGUUUCUCUACGGCAUGGGCAAUCUGGUGAACCUGUUCUUCAGAGAGGUUAUACCACGAGGCGCAUGGAGAGUUCCACAGAGCGGACCGGUGCUCUUUGUCGCUGCGCCGCAUGCAAACCAGUUUGUCGACGCCAUCCUUCUGCAACGAACACUGCGACUAGACGCCAACCGCCGAGUAUCGCUCCUGAUUGCGCAGAAGUCUGUCCACGGCUUCAUUGGCUGGGGAUCCCGCCAGGUCGGCUCCGUUCCCGUCGGGCGAGCACAAGACGCCGCGAAGCCUGCAACGGGCUUCAUCUAUCUCCCGGACCCGAUCAACGACCCGACACUGAUUCGAGGAGUGGGUACAAAGUUUGGCGAGGGCGAGGGCGAGCCUCAGGGAAUGCUGUUUUUGCCCCCGGGUAAGAAGACAUCUGGCGAAAGUGUCAACAUUGAUCAGAUCCUAGGCCCCGAGGAAAUUCGCAUCAAGCGACCGUUCAAGACUCAACUGGGCCUGAAGCAGCUCACCGGUCGAGACGAUAUUGACAAAGAUGGCAACUUUACGAAUAAAUCAAUCAACGGUCCGGCGCCGGGAUAUCAAGGGACUAAAUACAAGCUUGCGCCUCAUACGGAUCAGACAAAAGUAUACGAGGCUGUCUUUGCGCGACUGAGGAGUGGUGGAUGUGUCGGUAUCUUCCCCGAAGGCGGCAGCCACGAUCGCUCCGAGCUGCUCCCAAUCAAGGCCGGCGUGGCCAUCAUGGCUCUGGGAGCGCUGGCCGAGUCGCCCAACUGUGGCCUCAAGAUUGUGCCCGUGGGCAUGAACUACUUCCACCCGCACAAGUUCCGCUCGCGUGCUGUUAUUGAGUUUGGAGCGCCCUUUGAGAUACCGCCGCACGUGGUUGAAAUGUACCGGAAUAACCAGCGAAGAGAGGCAAUCGGCCAGGUCAUCGACACUGUCUACCAAGCACUCAGCUCUGUGACCGUCUCGGCUCCGGAUUACGACAUCCUGAUGGUGAUUCAAGCAGCGAGAAGACUCUACAAUCCUACCGGCAAGAAGUUGCCUUUGCCCGUCGUGGUGGAACUAAACCGACGCUUGGCGCUGGGCUACGAGCGUUAUAAAAACGAUGAGAGGAUAACUAAGCUGUCCAAGAGCGUGAAAGAGUACAAUUCGCAGCUACGGUAUCUCAACUUGAGGGAUCACCAGGUGCAGUACGCCACCAUGUCGAUCUGGAAAGUAAUUGUGCUUUUCAUCUACCGCUCGAUCAAGCUCCUGAUUCUCUUCCUCUGCACGGUCCCCGGUCUCCUCUUGUUCUCCCCAGUCUUUGUGGCCACAAAGAUUAUCAGCCGAAAGAAGGCCAAGGCAGCACUGGCGGGCUCAACUGUCAAGAUCCGUGGACGUGACGUCAUGGCCACAUGGAAGAUUCUCGUUGCCUGUGGAUUGGCUCCGACGCUCUAUCACGGCUACUCGAUUGCUGUCGUUGCUAGGGCCUGGUAUGACCGUCUCUGGGGCUAUCUACCGGAAUGGGUGCCUCUUUUCUUUGUGUAUCUGGCUAUCUGGGUGGUCUGGGUGGCUAUCACCAUUGCUGCGCUGCGGUUCGGAGAGGUGGGGAUGGAUAUUUUCAAGUCUCUUAGACCGCUGGUGCUAUGUCUGGUUCCUGCAUCUGAUUACAACAUUCAUAAGCUGAAACUGAGGCGGGCAGAGCUGAGCGCGCAGGUAACGGAGCUGAUCAACACACUUGGACCAGAAAUGUUCUCCGACUUUGAUAAAACAAGACUCGUUCCUGAUUUCACGAAAGUCGAGACAGGCGGCACUCAGUCAUCGCCCGCAGAGACUCGCCCCCGGCGCGACAGCGACCAGUCAAGCACCGGUGUCGAUUUGGAGACGCCCCCAGCGCUAUCACGCCGCAGCACUACGCAGUCCAGCCGCUUGUUGCCCAGGAACGACUCUUUCAGUAACAUUGGCAGAGUUGGCAUCUUCUCAACACGGCCGCCAUCACGCUCACGCAGCCGCUCCAACAGCUCGGGUGGCGGUUUCGGAUCUAGCGGCUUCCCAAUCAGCGGAUUCACAACUCUGGAUUCUGCUGAAGGCUUUGGUGAAGCCAGCCGCAAGAUCAGAGAAGCCAUGAAGGACAGGCGGAGGAAGUCUGAUAAGGUCAAGAUGCAAAGCGAGAAUCAGAAAAUGGCCGUCUCGCUGAAAUCACUCAUGAACUCGGUGCUGGGCGCCGUGCCGGCCUCGGUCGCGGGGCAGUUGGCGGCACCGUCGUCGAGUGGGGGCUCGGCGCCGAUGGAGGCGCUCUUCGGAAAGACGUCUGCCGAGGUGGACGGCGAGGAGUGUCUGCACGACUGUGAGAGCUGCUCGGUCAAGUACCCGCGUGGCUUCAAGGUUGACGAGGAGGAUCUGCUGUAUGGACAGGUAAAGGGAUGGAGCACGCAUGUGCUGGUGGGGACGGGGAAGAGUGAUUGGGUGAGAGACGUGGCGGAUGAGAAGGGGAGUGUGAUGGAGGCGAUUCAGAAGGUUGGCGGAGUGACGAAUGGGAGACUCAUGCUGUCCGCAUCCAACAUACCCACGCCUCACGACACCCACGACUACUCAGAACCCACCACCGUCAUUCUCCUCCCGGCCUUUGCCACCGUGCAAAACGUGCAUCCAAAGAACGUCUCUCAGCUCAUCACCAGCGUCAUCAACAACGCACCCACGAGCUCGUCUCCUCUCGUCCCCUGGCGCUCAGUCAUCCCCGCCUCACUCCCCAGCCCAGACGCCUCAUUACCCGAUCUCACCAUCAACUCAUGUCCGCAUAGCGCCGUGAUCCUCUUGUGCAGUCAGAAGACGCGAGACGCCCGCUGCGGCCAGAGCGCACCGCUUCUGCGCAAGGAGCUGGAGAGACAUUUGCGUCCGCUAGGCUUGUAUCGUGAUUUACACGACGAAAGACCAGGCGGUGUGGGAAUCUACUUUAUUAGCCAUGUUGGCGGUCAUAAGUACUCUGCUAAUGUGAUGGUGUAUCGACGGCCGAAUCCAUUUGGCAAGGAUGAUGAGCCGCUGCCCGAAGGAGUAGUCGAAGCGGCGGCGGCGAAGGAGGAUAAUGAAGAAGAAGGAAAGGAUGAGAGUCCAACAGAGAAUGAAGGGGGAGAGAAAGAGGAUGUGGGAGCUGCGCAGUGUAUUUGGCUGGCAAGAAUACGGCCAGAGGACUGCGAGAACCUGGUGAGAUAUACCGUGUUGAAGGGUAAGGUUGUGAAGCCCGAGAGGCAGCUGAGAGGAGGAUUCGAUAGAGGGAGGGGAGUGAUGAGUUGGUGA